AUGUGGAAAACAAUAACUUUAUUUAUACUAUUCGUCACAAUAAAUGGAUAAUGCAGCUGUAGUAAAUUCACAGAUUAAUCAUCCUGUUUUGCUUAUGGCUAUUGUCUAUUUGUAAAUGGAGUUUGUUCAGAAUAAAAAUGCGAAGCCAUUCCAUAUCAAGAGAAGUGUAAAUCACCUCUCUGUUUAUGGAAAGAUGAUAAAUGUUCUACGUUCAAAGCAUAUGAAGAAACAUGUCAGGCAUUAUUACCUUAAUAAUGCACUUAAUAUUAAGGUUGUUAUUAUGAUUACACAAAUUUAAAAUGUUCAAUUAAUAAAGAUUGCUCAUCCCUUAAAAUUGAUUAAUGCAAUGGGAAGUUAUAAAAUGGUAAUUCUUGUGUUGCAGAUCCAUUCAAUAAUAGAUGUUAAGAAAUGACUGAUUGUAAAUCCUUAACUACAGAAUUUAUGUGUUUAAGCCAAUUCCCUUAAUGUAAAUAUGUGGAUUCAACAUGUUAACCAUAAGUAUGUACAGAUAUUAAGGUAUUUUCAUUUUAAUAUUAAAAAUAGGACAAUAUUUCUUGUACUUUUAUUGAUGAAUGCUAAUGGAAUCAUGAUAAAUGUCAAUAUAAAAACUGUUAAAGCAUUGCUUUUGGAUAUUUAUGUAAUGGAAAUACUUGUGGAUUUGAUAAGAAUAAAUGCUUUGCCUGUUUUGAACAAUAUAGUUAUCAAUUGUUUGUAGGUUUGAUAUCAUUAUUAUUUAUAUUAUGA